AUUUACAGAGCAUUUUGUCCUUUUUGCUUUUUUUUUUUAAAAAAAAAAAUUAAGAUGGAAUCAUCUCUAGCAAUGAACCUCUUUGUGUAGAGCUAGGAGGUGCGUAUCUUCUUUGCUUUUUUUUUUUGGUUGAAUUUAAUUCUGGGAAAAGUUUGCAUUUUUUGGCUAAAUGGGUUCUUGUAGAAUGGCUCUUUGAGCUUAAUCUGAGGUGGGGUUCGGGAACUCUUGCCGAUAUUCAGAGAAUUUUGGUUUUCAAGGUACACUUUUGGCUUUGUAUUGUUGUUCUUGAUUUUAUUGAGAUAAAGAUUGUGGUAGUUCCUUCUUAGUACAAGUGUUAUGAGAAUUGAUAGAAUCUCUUGUUAAAGAUGAGAUUUUGAGUUUAGUUAUUAGUAUGAUCUGUCGUCUGGUGAUUAUGUGGAGAAGGAUUUUUGGUUUCGGUUGUUGGUGAAUUUGGUGUCUGGGUUUUGGAGAUAAUAGUCUGUGUUGGGUUUUUGACAAGGUUUUCAGACUAGAAUUGCGCAGCUGGUGAAUUUGUGUUUCGGAAACUGGAUUUGGAUAGAGUUGAAUACGUAUGAUGUAGUUUUGCCGAGGCUUUUUAUCUUCAAUAGGUAUAUGUGCUGAAUUGGAUGAAUUGAUUUUGAUGGGCAACCGGACACUGGCUAAGUUUUCACUUUGAUCAAAUAGUGAGGUGAAAAUUGGAGAUGGCUACACCUACUGUAAGCAAAACGAGAAGUAUGCUUGAGGGUUUAGUAAGAGAAGGAUCAUUUAAAUGGCUACUUGGCAAGAGAAGUUCUUUUAAUGAAGAACUCGAGGAGAUGGAAAGAUCUCCAUCAGCUGGCAGGAAUUGGAUAGCUGAGCUCUCCCCCCUUGCUAAUCUGGUUGUUCGCAGAUGCUCAAAAAUCCUUGGCGUUUCUGCAAGUGAACUUCAAGAAAGCUUCAAUGCAGAGGCUUCUGAUUCAUUAAAGCAUCAUUCCUGUUAUGCGAGAAACUUCUUGGAAUACUGUUGCUUCAGAGCACUGGCUUUAUCUACUCAAGUAACCGGUCAUCUAGCUGAUAAAAAGUUCCAGCGGUUAACAUAUGAUAUGAUGCUAGCUUGGGAGACUCCAGGAGUUGCUAGCCAACCAUUGCUCCAUGUAGAUGAGGACUUAACAGUUGGUCUAGAGGCCUUCUCUCGAAUAGCUCCAGCAGUUCCAAUCAUUGCCAAUGUGAUUAUCAGUGAAAAUCUUUUUGAAGUGCUUACUGUGGGAACCGAUGGUCGGCUUCAAUUCUCCAUCUAUGAAAAGUACCUUAGUGGACUAGAAAGGGCAAUAAAAAAGAUGAAGACCCAAACAGAUUCAUCACUCCUUUCUACAGUGCGAUUGUCAAGAAGGGAGAAGAUUCUGGAAGUAGAUGGAACAGUGACGACCCAACCAGUUCUUGAACAUGUUGGAAUAUCGACAUGGCCAGGUCGGGUAACUCUCACAGAUCAUGCACUGUACUAUGAAGCUCUCCGUGUUGUAUCCUAUGACAAGCCAAAAACAUAUGAUUUGGCAGAUGACCUAAAACAGAUUGUUAAUCCUGAGUUGACUGGACCAUGGGGUACACGGCUUUUUGACAAAGCAGUCUUGUAUAAAUCUAUUUCCUUAUCAGAGCCAGCUGUGAUAGAGUUUCCGGAGCUUAAAGGCCAUACUCGUCGUGAUUACUGGUUGGCAGUUAUCCGGGAAAUUUUAUUUGUUCACAGAUUUAUAAAAAAGUUCAAGAUCUCUGGAGUUGAAAGGGAUAAAGCACUUUCAUUAGCUGUACUUGGAAUUCUGCGACUUCAAGCAAUUCAAGAAAUUAUUUCUGUAAACUCUGUUCACUGUGACACACUUCUCAUGUUUAAUCUUUGUGAUCAACUUCCUGGUGGCGAUUUGAUACUGGAAACCCUGGCAAGCAUAUCAUCCUUGAGAAAAUUAGAUCGAACUACCAGUGACAAGACUGGAGGUGGGAUGCAUUCAAUCUCUGCAAGGGUGAUGGUUUCCAAUUUAGGGUUCAUGCUAGGAACAAGCUCAACUGAUCUGAAUGAGGUUGGGCUUCUUGUUGGUGAGACAGCUGUGGGAGAGAUGAGUUCACUGGAGAAGGUGGUUAAGGAAUCGCAAAGCAGCUUCAAAAAAGCAGUGCUGGCACAAGAAACAGUUGAUGGAGUUAAAGUAGAUGGUAUUGACACCAAUUUGGCAGUAAUGAAGGAGUUACUUCUCCCUGUUAUGGAAGUUGGGAGGUGGCUUAUUUCCUUGAUACACUGGGAUGACCCCAUGAAGUCUUUGGUGUUCUGUUUGGUUCUUACUUAUGUCAUUUGGAGGGGAUGGCUGGGCUAUACCUUUGGAUUAAUGAUCAUCUUUCUUGCUAUCUUUAUGGUGCUCACACGAUUUUGUAACCAAGGAAGGCCUGUUGAUGAGAUCAAGGUAACAGCACCUCCACCAAUGAACACAGUGGAGCAGCUUUUAGCUGUCCAGGACGCUAUUUCUCAAGCUGAACAGUUCAUCCAAGAUGGAAACAUCGUCCUCCUCAAGUUUCGUGGCCUGCUGUUGUCCAUUUACCCACAGGCAAGCGAGAAGUUUGCGUUCACUCUCCUGGGCGUUGCUUUGAUCCUGGCUUUCAUGCCUAGCAAGUACAUUAUUCUGUUGACCUUCUUAGAGACAUUUACAAGAUAUUCUCCUCCAAGGACAGCAAGCACAGAAAGAUGGACAAGGAGAUUAAGAGAGUGGUGGUUCAGCAUCCCGGCGGCUCCUGUAGUUCUUGAAAGAGAGGAGGACAAGAAGAAGAAGUAAAUGUGUCGUCUUUAUACAUGUACCAGUAUAUAUAUGUACAUAUACAUUUAUGUUUCCACAGAACCAUCUGUACGGGUGUAAAUCUCAACCAGGGAAGAGCAAUCGUAAUCAGGAAAGAAAAAAAAAAGGUCUUUCAAUUCCGUGAAAGAGCUAUCUAUACCCGGAACAGGGUUAUUAGCAAAAUAUUUAAUAAAAGGGAAUUCUUGAUACUU